AAGAUUUUAGCAAAACAAAAUGAGUGACAUGGACAAAGACUGGAUCUUUGAUUCAGUAAUCGCCUUCGUGAAAAGCCCCCUGUGGAAAGUACCAAUUACUACUUUUAUAAACGAGAACUGCCUUAUUUUCGACCAAGAAGAUGAGAACAAGCUGGAAUAUACUAGUGUACAUAAUAAGUUUAAGAAGAUUGUUGAAGAAAUGCUGACCAAUAUGCUCAAUGAGAUAGGUAUAUCGGAAGAGAUCUUCGCAGAAGCGUGAAUUAAAGCAACUAAAAAUCCAACCCACCGAAUGCUGCUCGGUGAGAUCAUGGCUGUAGAGAAUUUCAUGGCUUUUAAAUAAGUUAAUGGUGAAAAGAAAUAAAGAACUUAGUGAAGAAGCUUUCCAGAUCAUGAAAGCCCAUGAAGCAGGAAUUGAUCCCAAUUUGCUAUAUGAAAACCAAAAUUUCGGUGGUGCAAGAGAAGAUGAUGAAAUCGCAAGAGCAAUCCAGGAAUCCUUGAAGGAAGAAGAAAGGAAAAAGGAAGAAAGUGCACCAGCACCAACUCCAUCUCCAGCAUCUGCUGAGGUGGAUGAAGAAGAGAUGAUGAGAAGAGUCCUUGAAGAAUCAAAGCGUGAGUAUGAACAACUUCAAGCUCUUCAGAAAGUAGCUGCAGGUGAUGAUAAGGAAGAAGAGAAAUCUCUACCUCCAAAGAAAGAGGAAAAGAAGGAACCAAAAGCGAAGCCUGCUCCUAAAAAGGAGGCUCCAAAGCCUUCUCCUCCAAAGGAGGAGCCAAAGCCAGAGCCUAUCAAGGCUCCUAAGACCUUGGCUCCUCUCGGCGAUGCCAAACCAGCCCCUCCUUCCAAAGACUUUGACAUCCAGAAGCAUGCUGAAGAGACUGCUAAACUAGAAGAGAAGAAGAAAGAGACCAUCAAGAAGAAAGCAAUGACCAAAGAAGAAAUGAAGGAAAGAAUGGAGAAGCUCAAGAAACAGAGAGAUCUCCUUGUCCAGAAAAAGCAAGAACAGUUAAAGAAAGAAUGGGAUAACUUUGAUGAUCAAAAGGAAGGAGGUGAUUCAAGAAAAGAUAUGAUUGAUAAAGGUCUGGGUGCGUUAGGAAUCAAAGAAGGCGAAAUAAAAUACCAAACAGAAGAACAAAAGGCUAUUGAGGUGCAGAGGAAGAAAGAAGCUAAGAAAAAGCAAGAAGAGGAGGCUAAGAAGGGAUCAGAAUCUGCUGCAGAGGAUAAACCAACUAAACCUAAAUUCGAAGCCCCAGAUAUUGCUAAGGACGUAAUUGAGAGAAGGAAGUUAAUAUUCAGCAAAAUUAAAGAAAUGAACUUAGAAGAUGGCAAUGAUUUCUAAUCUUGUGGCAUAUU